UGAACCUAAACGGCUCCAGCAGCAGCUCAGCAGGAAGACGGCUGUGUUUUCGUUUCUCGGCUGAAUCUCUGCGUAGUUUCAGCAACAAUGUCUUCAGUUCAGCAUCUGAGAGAGUUUAUCAGAGAGCGACUAACUGCUGCUGCUGAAGAAAUCUUCUCAGAGGUUGAGAAAACCAUCGUCCGCUACGAGGAAGACGCCAGACUGCUGGAAAGCUGCUGGAGACCAAAGAUAAAGACCACCAGAAUCGACCUCCAGAAGCCACAUGUCUCCAAGGAGGAGGAAGCUUCUUCCAUCCAACAGCUCUCCAACCAGAGGAGAAGGUCCAGUCAUGACCAGGAGGAAGCAGAACCUCAGUGGUCUGAAGAGGAACAGAUGGAACCAGAUCCUCUCCUGAUUACAGAAGAGGAGGAACCAGAACUUCCACUGGUUAAAGAAGAAAAUGUGGAGACUGAGUCUUCGUGGGUUAAAGAAGAACAAAAGGAACGGGAACCACUAAUUGAAGACCAAGAGGACCCAGAAGUUCCACUGAUUGAGGAAGAAAAGGAGGAACCAGAUUCUUCGAGGCUUAAACAUGAACAGCAGGACCCAGAAAAUUUACCAACUAGAAGGGAGCAGAAGGAUGUCUGCAGCAGUCAGGAGGGAGAGCAGCUUGUCCAGAAGCAGUCUGUUGCUCUAAUGGAGACCUUUACCCUUCAGGAACGUGAAGGAGAACCAAUAACUGAGCAGCUUUCCUUUCAUAUCUCUCCUGUAGUUCAGACCAAAGACCAGAAAGGAAGCAGCUCCACUGGGUCAGAGAGUCAGUCUUCCACUGACAUUAAGAAAAUGUCUUUAAAAUGUGAUGUUUGUGGGAAGUCUUUGAAGUACCAGAGUUAUUUGAAAAAGCAUUACAGAACCCACACAGGUGAGAGGCCUUUUUCUUGUCAGACAUGCGGAAAACGUUUCACUCGACUAGCCAGUUUAAAUAGUCACAUGAGAACCCACACAGGUGAAAGACCUUUUUCUUGUCAGACAUGCGGAAAAAGUUUCACUCGACUGAGUCAUUUAAAACUUCACAUGAGAACCCACACAGGUGAGAGGCCUUUUUCUUGUCAGACAUGUGGGAAAACUUAUACUUGUAACAGUCAUUUAAAAGCUCACAUGAGAACCCACACAGGUGAAAGACCUUAUUCUUGUCAGACAUGUGGAAAAAGUUUCACUCAACUAGCCAGUUUAAAUACUCACAAGAAAACUCACAUAGUCGGGAGACUUUUUUCAAGAGGAAUAUGUGUACCAAGCUUCGCUCAAGGUGGCAGUUUGAAUCUUCAACUGAAAUAAGAACAAGUAGUCCUAUUUUAUUUAUUUAUCUUUUACUUUCACAAAGAUUUCCAAGUACAAAUAUUAAAGUUCUUCCUAAUAGUUUUCCACCAGAGACUCUCUGCUGCCACCUGCUGGAUUGGAUUCUCGUCUUUUGUAUAAACUUAGUCUGCCUUGUCGAUCUACUUUUUUUUUUUUUUUUUUUUUUUUUUAGAUUAAACAAUGUUUUACACGUAGUUCUUUCACCUAAGAAAUAUCUACAGGUGCAAAGGCUGAAUAAUUAACUGAUAUUUUUUUGAGUUAACUGGAGAUGUUUUAUGUUCUCAGAGUUUAUGUUAGCAAAGUCGUUCAUUGUUUUAAUUCCUAAUUGUUUGUUACUGGUAGGAAUUUUAAAAAAAUCACAAGAAUAAUUGUGCAGAGCCAGUCCAAAGUUUUUUAGCCCUUUAUCAUCUCUGCUUUUUAUAAGCGGCUGCAGCAAAAGCUUUGAAUCCUUGUUAUUCUUCUAUGACCUUCAGAUUUUUCUAUCUGUUCUUUUAAAUCUUGAUGUUUGUCCUUUUUUGAUCACAUUUUAUUUACUCAAAAACCUUGUCUCUUGGAGGUUUUCUUUUGGUAAGUGUCCUUCCAUCCUGUACAAAGGUUUUUGGUUAUUCCCAAGGGUCUUAUAUCUUGAGGAGCCGUGUAGGUUUUAUAUUUUUGUUUAAAAUAUAUUUUUUAUUUUAAAUUCUGUCCACUCUAGUAAGCUUGAUUGACAUUUAUUCUCAGCUAGCAUGUGUAAAAUCUCUAGAGUAGGAUGUGAGGGUGUCAGUUCUGCUGAGGCCUUUCAGAUUUAUACAUUUAACUGUUGGCUUCAAUAGUUAAAUUUGAUUACAAGGACUAGCCUUGGGUCAAAUAGGGUCUGGUACAGCAGGUUGAUUCAACUACUUAUCUAUUUUCAAUAGAUGUCAAAUACAUAUUUUUAUUGAUACUUGUUUUUGCAUCCAUGUUUACAUUUUCUAUUCCUUUUUCAGUAAAAUUCUUCUAGUUGGAGACCAAAGGACACAAUUCAGAUCAUUUUCUGUUCAUUUUAUGGUGUUUAUAAUAGUGAUGAUGAUACAUGGGAUAAAUAUUAUAAGCCAAGGCUAUGCUCCCCCUGUUUUUAGCCCAUAAUGGCUUUCAUUGCAGUGAAGGUCCAAGCCAACAUUGGUACCGUAUGUCAUGAUGUAUGCGUGACCUAUAAAAACUCAAUGCCUGAUUGCUGUUUUGAAGUGGCGACUGGUUUGACUUCAGUGAAGGAACCUGGUACACAAACGUACAAGUACAGCUGUGCUCUAUGCAGGAAAAUUGCGUGCUGGUGUGCGUGCGCAUGGUUUUAUUAAUCAUGUUUUUUUUUUUGUCUACGCCGUUUUCUUUCUUUUUCUCUGCGUAUGUACACUUUUAGUAUGGAUUCCACACACAGUUUUAUAAACGAGACCCGAAAAAGUUGCUAAACUGUCAGUAAUGGAGCAGAUAUUAACUAAGAAUACUUGUAGAUGUAAACAUGUUUUUCAGUUGUUUAAAUGCUUAUUUACUGCACAUUGCAGUAGUCCAGCCUGGAGGAGACAAAAGCAUGGAUAAGCUUCUCCACAUCUGCAUGAGUGAAUUUGGGACGAAGUUUGGGGAUGUUUCUGAGGUGGAAGGUCUUGCAGAGUUGUUUGAUGUGGGCUUCAAAGAUCAGAUGAGUCCAUUUUAACACCCAGGUUGGUGGCGAAUGUUGAGAGUGGAAGAGUUUGUCCAGAGAAGGUGAUGCUGGUGAUGUCAGAUGACCGAACCUGGUGUGGAGUGCCGACUAAAAUGGCUUCAGUCUUGGAGGUGUUCAUUGAUAGCAGCAUGUUUGAUGCUUGGAGCACCUUAGUGUAUCAAGUUUGGUGUUUCAUAUAAAACAGUUUGAUGUAAAAACUUCUUCCUGCUGCAUAUGCGAUUGAAAGAAAAAUCAGAGUCCACACAGAUGGCCGAGGACUCAUGUCUCUGAGGAAAGCUUUAAAAGGAGAGGCAGUGAUUUGUUGCCAUGGCGACUCCCUCCAGCAGCUGUCUGUGAUAGUGGAUGAUCAGCAGCAUCUGGGGCUGUUUUACUGUCAUUCUGACGUGAAAAUAUUCACUAAAAACAAAAGUUUUGUUGCAAGAAUUACAGCAAUUUAAGAAAGAAAUUACAAAAAAUAUAUAUUUUGAAGGGCUUUUAUUUUGAAAUUCAAAACCAGAUGUUGAUGAACUUUGGUGAGGAUUAUCUGGAGGUCUUUUACUGUAAUUCUAAUAAAUGUAUUAACUCAAAACAGUUUUUGAAUGUAUAUAUCUCCCUCAUUGUGGUACAAUAAAGAUAUUUCUACUGUAUUCACUGAAGCUCAUGAAAAUUAAGUGGACAUUGCCAAAUACUGAGCAUACUAACCAUGUAAAACAGUGAAAGAAAUGUGUCCUUAUUUAGAGGUGGACCUGAAAAAAUGUUAUAAUGUAGCAAGAAUAAUGUCACCUAACUCCGUUUGAUAUGUUAAACAUUGCUUUUGUUUUUGAAAGGUCCUGUUGAGGAUUAUUACUGUAAUUUGUGGUGUUCGGGUCAUAGAAAUUAUAUAAGAUUAAACCCCACAUUGACUUUUGCGGCGCAGAAAUUACGGCCGCCAUCUUGGGGCAGUAAACCUGUUACCCUAAUCUACUAGUUGAAGCUUUUGUUUGAAUCGACGGACUACU